AUAUCUCCUGAUGGAGUGAGUUCGUGAUGACUGUGAUUGGUAAUUGUGCGCGAAGGAGUCUGAGGCCACGGAAGCAUCGGACGAGCGCUCAGGCCUCCAACGAAGCUUUCAACGACCUAAAGCUGUAUCUCCUGUAUCACUUGAUUAUAAUUUCGUAUUAUUUAUCCAUAUGCACUGCCCGUAUCUGGACUCUCGAAGUUCUGGGGCCAACCCCUAAAGGUGGCCCCGUUUUCCCCAGAAGGACGGGAGCACUAACGAAGAUUAGCAAAUGGUGACAUGCAUAUGGCGGCCAACGAACCACAGCCACAGAGUCCAAAUAAAUCCUUCUUUUGCCAAUUUCCAGAAGCCUAAAGCACGAUUAAGGAGAACGUAAUUUAACUUUGAAUCGUUCAUCUGAAGUUUCUAAUCCUGGUAAAACGGCUUUGUUUCGUCGGACAUCCCCAAACCAACUCGGCAUCUACGGACUCGUUAUGGAAGCUCCAAACGGCCUCGCAGCUUCUGCUCCGCAUCCGCGGAUUGUUAUCAAGUUCUGUACACAGUGCAAGUGGAUGCUUCGGGCUGCCUAUUUUGCACAAGAACUACUCUCGACCUUCUCGACGGACUUGGGAGAAGUUGCUCUUCAACCAGCGACUGGCGGAGUCUUCUCAAUUGAGAUAUUCUACAAUACCACACCCGGCUCUACUACCCAAGCCGAGACAGGAACAAUAACGAACCUGACUGUGGAAUCUAAGUUAUUAUGGGACCGAAAAACCGAGGGAGGUUUCCCUGAAACCAAAGAAAUCAAACGCCGAGUGCGAGACAUCAUAGACCCAAACCGAGACCUCGGCCACGUCGACGGCAAAAAGAAAGCCAUCAGUCCCAGCGCCGAAACACCCACACUAGAGGCCACGACAGCCGCUCCAGCCACGACCACGGCGGCUACGUCAGCCUAUCUGGGUUCUACAGGCCCCGAGGUCAGCCUUCGAGAUUUUAUAGCCGCAGGGGCCUCGACUGGCGAUGUCACUAGUUCAGGCCGCGGGGGCGCGGAAGAGGAAGUGCUGGAGCAUGAUCAGUUGACUUUGGAAGCACAGCCGGGGGGUGGGAGGUAUAAGAGAGUUGCGGGGGAGACUGGAAUUAUGGAGGAAGAGGUCGGGACUAAAGGAGUGAUCUCUGAUACGGCCUAUGAAGAGAGGAAGAGGAAUCCGGAUGGGACGAUUUGUGAGGAUUGCUCUUGAGGGGAUGGAAGGGGUGUUGUGAGAAGUACCUGUCAUGACUGAUUUUUUGGAGAAAUGAAAGUUAUGAAUUAUGGAUUGAGGGUGUUGGUUAAUUUGAUGUGAUGUAUAUCGCAGUUUGUAUGUAAGAGAGAAUCUCAUGACACGAACAUUACGAGAUGAUAAAAAGGGACAAAGUGUUUAUUGCUAAUUAGCAAGCUCAGUUUGCACGGCUCUCGUUUCUUUAUCUGCGAUAGAGGUGG